AUGGGACUGGAAAGAGUGGUGCCAGCAUACUCAGUCUCAGGCUUGGAGGUGUCUGGAAUCAAUGACAACCUUUUCUAUAAACUCCCAGAAACCUUCACACAGAAGAAAAUGCUGGAGCCUCCCCUGCCACCUCGUCUGAGCUCCUGUGCAGUGGUUGGGAAUGGGGGCAUCCUGAAGAACAGUGGCUGUGGCCAAGAGAUCGAUCGAGCCCAGCUUAUCAUCAGGUGCAAUCUUCCUCCCUUGACUACAGAUUCUGGCAAAAGGACACACAUUGUGACAGUGAACCCAAGCAUCUUAGACAAAAGGUUUAAGGAUCGGAAGGGUGCCAAGCUAUUGGAGAGCUUGAGUGUGUAUAACAGAAGCUUCAUCUACAUGCCGGCCUUCUCUUCAAGAACCGGUAUGAAGCCAUCCUUUUGGGCUGCUCAAACAGUUGCUGAUGCUUCAUCCAAUCAGACAGUCCUGUUCGCCCACCCGGAGUUCCUGCGGCGUGUCAGUGCCUUCUGGGCGGCCCGGGGUGUCCGUGCUGGGCGUCUCUCCAGCGGCCUCUUCAUGCUGACACUCGCCCUCUCCCUCUGCGACCAGGUGUACGUCUACGGCUUCUGGCCCUUUCCACGCGGACCAGACAACAAGACAGUCUCUCAUCAUUACUAUGACAACAUACUUCCCAACCGUAUGCACGCGAUGCCGCAGGAGUUUAAGCUGUUGACGCAGCUGCGCGACAGUGGAGUCAUACGACUGCAGCUGGGAAACUGUGUAGGCGUUGAACAUGAACCGGGGCAUUGAUUACUACUGCAACAGUCACAGUAAUGAUGCGAUCGUCUCAUUCUUAGUUCUUACACUUGCAGCAAAAUUAUGCAGGUUUUUACCGUUUCUUGUUUUAGUAGUAGCUUGUAUACUGAUGUCCUGAUGGCACAUGGUCAUGUGAAAGAGAGAUAAACCAUUUAGUUGCAUUUUG